AUGUCUGUAAAUACCGGCCAUGGACUGCCAUUUUUACCCGGAUGCACUUUUCGGGAUGUAACGAAAUCCGCCUUCCAUCGACCUCAGACAUUGACUUUUAAGAAUGGCUAUGCCUUGCCUCAUCGGCCCAUUGUGGGAAUUGGUCAGGAUCCUCUCCUGUCAGCUCAGCUGAUCCAAGAUGAGAUCAAUGAGUUGUCCAGUGAAGCACUGGCUCCCACUUAUGACUCUUCUAACCGCAGCGACUUGUCCACCUUCAUUCCUGCUUAUGUGGCCCUGGAUAAGAAGGUGCUGCGUUUCUAUGCCUACUUUAAACAGGAUGUGCUCCAUUCCCCAGAUGAAGAGUUUCGUGUGCGUUCUGUGGUCAUUUAUUACUACCUCGAGGAUGACAGCAUGUGCAUCAUUGAGCCCCUGGUAGAAAACUCAGGGAUACGACCAGGUAAGCUCAUCAAACGCCAGUGCCUCCCCAAAAAUGACCACGGCGAUCACUAUCACUGGAAAGACCUUAACGUGGGCAUGGACCUGAUGGUGUAUGGCAUGAUGUACCACAUCACACGCUGCGAUGACUACACACAGCAAUUCUUGGAAAGUGAAGGCAUCAUUGUGAAUGACCCAGAGCCGACCCCGGUGGACCCUUACAUCUCAAGUCGCACCCAGCCUAAGCCCUCUUACGUCACAACCUCUGACUUUGACCAGCUACACAAGUUCCUAACAAUGGACCGCAAGGUACUGCGGUUCUUUGCUCUGUGGGAUGACAGUGACUCUCUGUAUGGAGAGACCAGGCCCGUGACCAUCAAGUACCACCUGGUGGACGACACGGUGGAGAUCAGGGAGGUCCAUGAGCCCAAUAGUGGCCGGGACCCCUUCCCUGUGCUGAUGCGCAGACAAAAGCUGCCUAAGACAUUCAAAUCAGCUGGUGAGCCCUUCCCAAAAUGUGUACUUGAGGUCUCACCAAAGGAAGUGCAAGAAUAUUAUUCCCCCAAGGACUUUCGAGUUGGAGAAACAGUGGAGCUAAUGGGCCGACGCUUCCUGCUGCAUGACUUCGAUGACUUCACCAAAAGCUAUUUCCAGAAAAACCACCCUGACAUCGAGAUAAAGUCCAUGGAGAGACCCAAGAAGGUCAGCACAUUUCAGGGUGGCAGCAAGGAGUUUCCUCCUUACAAUGGUUUUGGCUCUCUGGAGGACUCUCUGCAAAACUGCCUAUCUCUAAACCCCAAACCUCCCAAAAAGGACCUGAAAAAGAUCUGGGAGAAUGACCACAAAGUGUUGCGCUACAUCGCCAAGCUGGACUCACAGAAUCCCCAUGAUGAGAGCCGCCAUUUCAUCCUGUCUUACUUCCUGUCCGACGACAUGAUCAGCAUUUUUGAAAAGACCAGACGCAACUCUGGAAUCAUUGGUGGCCAAUUCCUAAAGAAGACACGCAUCCCCAAGCCAGGCUCUACUGUGAACAAUCCUGAGUUCUACUCACCUGCUGACUUUGCCAUUGGGGCAGCUGUGGAGAUUUUCUGCCACCGCUUUGUGCUGACUGAUGCGGACCACUAUGUGCUGACGUACCUGGAGUCCAUUGCAGACCAGAUUCCCUCUGAGACAUUAAUCUCCCUACGGCAGAAAAUGGGUCUACAUCCAGGGCAGGAAACAGCAAACAACCAGACAGUAAAAGGUGAUGAUGAAGUAACAGAGACCUCGGCAUGAUUUCAAGUAAAGGUUGUAUUCUCCAGAUAGCCCUCCACUGCAUCGAAUUCAAUUCCAUCUUUGUCCUUUACCACUUCUACUGAGACCACAAAGCAAUAAACUAAAUCCCCAGUCACCAUUUCUUGUAUUUAAACUGGACCCAUUGCAGAUUAUGUGAUAUGUGCAUUUCUGCUCUGCCACAUUUUGGAUCCAAAAUUAGCCUCUCCCUUAGAAUUAAACUACA